AUGGCUAGAGUAACACGAUCCAAAUCAAAAACUACAGAAAUACAAGAUAUACCCACAGUGAAGAAAGAAGAACAAGAAGAAGAAGAAAAAAUACCAAUAACAAGACCCAAGAGAAAAACAACAAAACUACCAAAAGAACCAAUACGUAAAAGAUUUAAACCAUCACCUUCUCAUCAAUUAAUACAACAAUUCACAAGACAGAAACUUGAAAGUUUAAAACCAACUUAUAAACCACCACCAAGAAAAUUCAUACCAUCAAAAGAACAACAAAGAUUAGAUAAAAUAUGUCCAACUAAUAAGAUUACAAAUAUUACAAAUCUUGUAACAUCAAAUUUAAAAGAUCAACCAGAUUUAACAGAACAAGUUGAAAUGAUUCAAAAAUUUACAAUCUUUAAGAAUAUGAAUAUUGAUAUACGAACCAUUGAAAUUUUGAAAAAUUCAAAACUUGGUGAUUUUGAUGAAUAUGAUUUGAAAUUGAAAGGUUUAAAAGGUGGGAAUGAUGAAAAUGAACAGUUUUUGAAAUUUAGGGAGAUAUUCAAUGAAAGGAAAGAGGUACACAGGGAUGAUGAAUGA